ACAUACAGUCGCGAACAUACAGCGCUAAGAUACAGAGGAAAAUACGAAUAUCACUGUAAAUAGAAGAGAGUGAAAAGGGCACCAAAAAGAUCCUUCAAAAACCCCUAAAACCCCUUCUGAUUUCGAACCCUAAUUUGUGAAACUCUUUGAAUUUUCCUGAAUUGCCAACAAUCUAAUUCUGCUAAGUUUUGAUCUCGCACUUUAGAGAUCGUCAUCGUCGUCGUGAUGGAUAUCGAACAAAAGCAAGCAGAGCACAUCGAAAACUUCGUCAAACAAGCGUCCAUCAUUAAGGGUUCAUCAUCAGCUCUCGCAAAUGUCAUCGUGGAGGCCACUUCACAUCCUUCCCUGUUCGCUUUCUCCGAGAUUCUUGCUGUCCCUAAUAUCAUCGAGCUUCAAGGAACGGAACAUUCUAUAUACCUUGAUUUGCUUCAGAUGUUUGCUCAUGGAACAUGGAGUGAAUACAAGAGUAAUGCUAGUAAUCUUCCACAGCUGACGCGUGAUCAGGUCCUCAAGCUAAAACAACUCACUAUGCUCACACUAGCCGAGGCUAACAAGGUACUCCCAUAUGAUGUGCUGAUGCAUGAGUUGGAUGUUGUAAAUGUCCGUGAGCUUGAAGAUUUUCUUAUCAACGAGUGCAUGUAUGUGGGUAUAGUAAGGGGCAAGCUAGAUCAGUUGCGAAGAUGUUUUGAGGUGCAAUUUGCGGCAGGCAGGGAUCUCAGGCCUGGACAAUUAGGGAAUAUGAUACAUACACUAUCGGAUUGGUUGGGUACGUCAGAUAAUUUACUUAUUUCAAUUCAAGAGAAGAUAAAAUGGGCAGACACCAUGAGUGAACUGGACAAGAAACAUAAAAAGGAAAAUGAAGAAAGGCUUGAAGAAGUGAAGAAUGCACUCUCCCUCAAGGCUGACAUGGACUUCCGAGGGCACGGGAUUUUCUCUGAACCUGGUGGAGUAAUGGAUUAUGAUGAAGACCGCCGAUCCAAGAGGAGACGACAUCCAAUGGGCUGAAGAGGGUUAGCAAAAUCUUUAAAGAAUGAGUAUUGCCAGGCAGGCAGGCAGGCUAGCCAGUUCUCUUUUUCUUCUCUUGAUGGUAUUACAACCACCAAUGAUAGAGGUGCUGGUUUCUGAGAGGGAUGAACAUGUUUGUUUGCAGUAGUGAAAACUUUGGAGCUAGGCUUAUGAAAUUCUAAUUCUAAUCCUGAUCCAGAUUCCUCAGAAUAUUUGACAUUGUUUUUGGCUAUGUAAUUAGAUCAAACUCUUUGUAGCUUUUUGAGCUGCUACAUUUGAUGAUGAUCAUAGCUUCGACUUGGUGUUA